CUCCUCUGUGAUUGGUCGGUCGUGGUGAUGCCAAAGGUCACGCAUAUUUGGCGCUCUUCGUACAGGACCGCUCUGGCGCGUUUUUGAAAGAGUACUGUACAUCAAGAAACAUGUAUUUUCAAUUGACAUUCGGGCGAGUUCGGAUAAUAUCAGCGUAACAGUCUCUACGUUGACUUGACGCGGAACCUGAGCAGGCGUUUAUUUUUAUGUGGAAAGCUUUGUUAAACGUAGCACCGAGCGAGGACUAGUAGCUUGUUUUACUGGGAUAUUUUGGCUUCAAGCAGCUGUUCACCACGCACAAUGAGCGUCCCCACUGUUCUUCAUUCACACACGGAGAAGUGAAUAGGACUAAGCAACAAUACCGUUUCUGAGUGGCAGCAAGAUACCGAGUUGUCGUCAACUCAGCGGUGCCUUCAAAAUUAUGGCUGGUGUUGUGGCUAUGGCAUCUGUCAUUGAGGAUUUUGACACUCAGCCAUGCAAGAAAUCCCACAAAGAAAGCAACAGUCCUGUUGUUAAGACAAUCACAAACUAUUUCUCUCCUGUGGUCAAAAGUGGGGAGAAGCCUUUUUCUCAUCCACGCUCAAACAACAUCAUGGACUAUUUUAAUCGGAAGGCUUUAUCAUCUAAAGAAAAGACAAGUUCGCCAGAACAGUCUCAAGGAAACUGUCAAAUACUGUCUGCAGAAAAAAACACCAGUCCAGAGGCAGCCGUGAAACAGCAAUCUCAAAAACGGGGUAGAAAGACCAGCAAAGCUGUAAGAAAACUUGUGGAGUCUGAAAUUGGUAGUUCCCCUGAAGAAGUAAGCUGCCUGAUUGUCGAAGCGUCAAGUGAAAGCAAAGAUGAACGAGCAGAGAAGAUCAGUGGGAUCCUUGGUAGUGAUACAGCAGCUUUAUUGGCACUGGUAACGGCUGAUGCUUAUGACACUGCAGGAAAAUCAAAAAGCGAUGCUACUGUCAUUGAUGUGGACCAUGUGGAAAUAGCAGAACAUCCUAAAGAUGAUGCUAAAUCUGGGAAGACUGUAAAAAACAAAAGAGAGCUGAAGGGUUUUCCCUUAUCUCCAGUUGUACAUUUAAAUGAUAAAGCUGUUGCCCGAAAUUCGAACAAGGAACAGGAGGCAAAGCAACCAGAACCAGAUCAGAGCUCCUUGUCUGAUGCUAGCAUGGAAGUUAAUGUGGAUGAAAACUCACAGCUAAACAGUAGUACAGUCACAAUCUCUUUUGAGGAUUUUGUUCGAAGUCAGGACAGUGGUGAAAAUAUCACAUAUCAAGAUAAAAAUGAAAACUUAACAGAGGAUUCUGAGGAGACUUCAUUGCAAGUCUCGCCCCGAACGCUUACCGUGCAGGCCGAAGUACAUGUACUCUCAGCCAGACAAGAAGCAGCAAAGGCUACGGGGAAGUUAGCCUCAAUAUUUACCAGGAAAAAAGGAGCCAAUAGCCCAGCAGAGGCAAUAUCACCUUCUCAAGCUGAGGCUGAACCCCAGCUUCCUUCUACUGCUCUGCCUGUAAAACGUAGAUCCAAUGUCGUCCUUCAAGAGGAAGAUCUAGAGCUAGCAGUGCUUGAGAGUGAAUCUCUGCCCAAGUGUGGUGAGGCAGAAAGGAAACAGUUCAUGGCUGCGUUCAAACAACCCAGCCUGGAUGGAUCGAAGACCAAACCUGGGAAGAGCCAGGGAAAGCAAAAGAAUCCUGAAGAGAAGACCUUUGGUCCUGUUGAAGAAGAUGCCGUAGUCCCUCCCUCCACUGAGGAAGUUACCUCUUCCUCACAGCAAAGCAAAGCAACGAGUAAGAAACCAGCAAAAAAAAGCAGAAAGAAAGUUAAAGAAGAUCAGGAAACAGUCACAUUGAUUACUACUGCAGAAGAAAGUGCAAUUGUGAUUGAUGAAAAAGAGGAGCCUCCCGUCACCCCAGCUCUCUCCAUCACAGCUGUGAGAAGGUCCAAAAGAGAGGUUGUAGUAAGAAACAAACCUGAAUGUACUCCAGCAAUUCCAGUUCGAAAAACUAGGACUAAACUAAGACUCAAUGAGUCCCAGGACGUUGCUACUGCUGCUGCUGCUGCUGCUGCACCACCCGACAGCCCCGUGAAGAUGUCGACCCCAAAGACACACAAGUCCAAACGCAGCGUCUACAUGGCAGAGAUGGUGGGUCCACCCGACACGAAAGAAAGUCCAAUCAGGAUAAAAUUUACUAGAGUUCAUAAAAAAGUUUCCACAUUGAAGACUGAGAGUGAAAGUGGCCUCAACCCCUCUUUGACUGAUAAAAUGUUAAAUGAGUGUAAGAAACGGAGGCAAGCAAAGAAGUUGGUGGAGAAAGCCAAAAUUAUUCAGCAAAGUAAGAAAACCAGUGUGGAGAAGGGAGCCUUGAGGCGUUCAUCGCGGAAGGAGGCAGUCAUGAAGAGGAGCUACUGUGAAGAUGAGGAUUCUAUCAUCUGUGUGGAGGAGGACCAGACUCAGACAGCAUCUGAAAAGAGUAAACCAACCAAGGGCUUACGCAGCUUAAAUGAUGUUCUGGGCAAAGCUGUGUCCGCUUCAAAAGACACAAGGUCCAUCCCAGAAAAAACUGCCCGGAAAAUGUCCAUCUUUGAUGAGAGCAGUCGUGAGGGUUCUGAAAACUCCCAAGAUGAUGAGCAGUUCAAAGCACGCAGGGAGUUCUUGAAGAGCGGCCUACCGGAGUCCUUUCGAAGGCAGAUCGCCAAGACAGCUGCCAAUAAAGAGGUGUACUCGCUCUCCUGUUCGUCCCUUCAACCAGUGGUACACGUGGCACAACCACCCACUGAUUGCUCUAUGUGGAGUCUUCCGUGGCCUCAGUCUCCAUUACUGAGUCAUCUGAAAGAGGUUUGGAGCAGAUCAUCCGGACACCAUCCACCUGGUAGCGGCUCCUUUUGCCUGAUGACCAAACCAACGUCUAGAUCUCUUUGUGAAAGGAGUUCAGGUUGGAGACCUGGGAUAACUGAAAGUGUUCGUCAGCUCCUCAUGGAGGAGAUCAGCACCUCUAACCCUCCCUUCCCUGUAAAUAUGUUCAUCACCCGAUUCCUGAAGAGAUGCACGGACCACAGAUGCACAGACUCGGAACCAACCACCAGUGGAGUUGCUGAUGCUCCACCGGCUGAACCAGUUGGAGGGAAGAGGAAAAGGACGGACGAUGAAGGACCGAACACAGUCAAGGUGGCUAAGAAACAGCGGGCCGAUGAUUCCACACCUGAGCCACAACCAAAGAAACGAGGGGGCCGCACGAGGCGAUCGCAGAGAUCCAGGCUGGAGGAGAAUGAGGACAUGGCUGUUGGUUCUAACAACGCCUCUCCCCUGCCGGCCAAAGAGGACUCUGUUAUUAUAGUGGAGGACUGUUCGGGGGAGGGCACUGGUGUAACAGAUGUGGUGAAGGAGGAUGUGUUGUGGACAGACAAAUAUCAGCCGCAGUACUCCACUGAUAUUAUAGGCAACAGUGCAGGAGUGAAGAGACUUCACAGUUGGCUUAGGGAAUGGAAACUUCGUGCAGACCGAGAGGAGAGAAAAAAGCAGAAAGACAAGAAACAAGAGGAAGGCAGCAACGACUCUGACUGGGACUGUGGAGAGGAGGACUCGCAGGAUGGAGACGACAUGUUGUGUAAUACUAUGCUUAUCACGGGACCCACUGGAGUAGGAAAGACCGCUGCGGUCUAUGCUUGUGCUCAGGAGCUGGGCUUUAAGGUGUUUGAGGUAAACGCUUCAUCACAGCGUAGCGGCCGUCUGAUUCUGUCCCAAUUAAAAGAAGCCACUCAGUCGCACCAGGUGGACAGUCAAGGGGUCAACGCCCACAAACCCACCUACUUCAACAGCUACAGCACAAGCAGCAGCGCUGGCAGCGUCAGACCCGGAACCUCCCCGAGAAAGAUCAACUCGCCUCGCAGGGUGGUUUCUUCUCCCAGAAAACCUCCCCAGUCACCGAGAGGCGCAAAAAGAGGAGUACUAGCUCCCACUAUGUUAGCGAACUUCUUCAAAAUGGGUCAGGCCACGAACAAGCAGCUCCCUAACACUUUAAAGAAUGAACAACCAGCUUCCAAGAAAACCGUGAAAGAAAAUGAGAGUAUCAAUAAGAGCAAAGACCUCAAGGUCAAAUCACCAGCAGCUUCUACGCCAAAUGAAGAGCAGAGUAAGAAGGUGGCCACCUCGCUGAUCCUCUUUGAAGAAGUGGAUGUCAUCUUUGAUGACGACUCAGGGUUUCUAGCUGCGAUCAAGACGUUCAUGGCCACUACCAAGAGGCCAGUCAUUCUCACCACCAGUGAUCCUGCUUUUGGUGCCAUGUUUGAGGGGAGCUUUGAAGAAAUUAGUUUUAACACACCGUCAGUGCUGAACGUGGCCACCUACCUGCAGCUUUUGUGUCUGGCUGAGGACAUGAGGACAGACCUGUCGGACGUCAGCUCUCUGCUCAGACUCAACGGAUGCGACGUCAGGCAGAGUUUACUGCAGCUGCAGUUCUGGACUCGCAGCGCUGGGGGUCGCCAAACCACCAGAGCGCUGGCCCACGCUGGCAAACACUCUGACCUGAAGCCAGAGGCUGAAGGAGGGGCAGCAAACUUGUCUGUGACGCCCACUCUGCCUCCCUGUGACACCGGCUGCACUGAGUCAAGGCUGGGACUGUUCAACAUAGAACCUGAGAGAGACAUUUGGGAACUGCUCAGGAGCCCAGAGGAGGAGGAGGUUCGCCAGGAGCUGCUCAUAAACAGCAGGCGACGAGGAGUGGACCUACUCUAUGCCAACAUGGAGACUCUGUUGCCUCUUCCACUUACAUCUCUGGCUACGUCAGCACACAGACUUGAGCAUGUUAGUUCAGAAAACCUCAGUUUUGUUAAUACGAAGGAGCCGCUGUCGUCUGCCUGUCUUCAGACAGAGAUGCUGCUGUCACAUACGAGAGAGGAGUCACUCGAUUGCUCAGACGAUGGCAGUCCAGUAAAAAUGUCCAGCAGAAUGAAGAAGAGCAAGAAGCGCCGCUGUGUGGCUGCUCAGGAUGGACUGCACUCUGAAUCAGACUCAGACGACGGGUUUUUGUCAAUUCCCAAGUCAUGCAACGAUUCUCAGGUCAAUGAGGAAGUCAAAGAAAGUUUAGUUUCAGGAACUGUUAGAAGGAAACCCCCGACUCCAGAAGAGAGGGUAAAGGGACUUCUAGUUUCCCAAUGUCUAGAAUCCGUGGCUGGAUUCUUAGACAACAUGUCCUACAUGGACUCGUCCUUACUACUUCAUCCAGAAGGGGGAGAUAUUCACAAAAGGCCCAUGGCAGCAGCAGUGAAAGACGGGCUGACGGACGAGUGGAGGGUUGAGACCAGCAGAGAGAGCUGUGUUAGGGGAGAGCACGUGCUGCAGAUCCAGUCUGCUGUGGAGUCGCUGAGCUUCCACAGGUGCCGGGCUUCGGUAGCAGAGGCGUGGGACAGAGCCCGACAGCUGGAUGGCGCGCUGGGGAAAGAGGCCGCAGCAGCACUCGCCCUCCCUGUGGCGUCCCAUCGUGAAGGUUACAGCUUCACGCAGGACCAUCCCUGUCAGCCACACCUGGUCCAGGAGAGAAGAGCAGUGAUGGAGAGCCUCAUGCUGAAAAACGUGGCUGGUACUCCGGGAAACCGAGCAGCAGCUGCUCUGGACUACCUGCCGGCCCUUCGCUCCAUCUGCAGGUCGGAGCGGCUGAAGGAGCGGGGCAAAGUGAAACGAAGAUUUCUACACUACCUUGAUGCAAACCACCUUGGACUUGACAAGAGCACGCUGCAACAACUUGCUGAAGACUUUCCCUAAAUCACACGUUCUCGUUAUCACAGAAGCCUUGAGCUAAUACUCCUCUGUACGGCGUUAGCUCUGCUUCUCAUCAAGACCAGAAGGAAACUCAUUGCAGAAUAAGCACAGAGAUGAACAGACAGUAUAAAGGUGUUGCCUUCUGUUUUAGGAUCCUGAGCUCAGCAUGAGAUGAAGUGCUCAGUAAACGAGGUUUCCAUGAAUUUCCUCUGACUGAAUACUAAAAGGUUCAGCACUUCAACGGUGCUCCCAACGAAUGCACUGAAUUAAUACUUUAUAUAAAUAAGUGGUGCUGGAGUGAUGGGUUUUUGUACAGUAGUGUUUUGUAGCCUCUUGUGAAAUUGCUUUGCAUUUUGCAAAGUGUUUUUAUCAAACAUGACUUGCUUUUAAUGAACCAUUAAUAUUUUGAAAGAGCUUGAAGUGUAAAAUAGAUUUUGAUUUUGUUUUAAAAGCUUUGUCUCCACUCAGUACUGUUGAUGCACUCAGGAUUUUGGUUUGUGUUCAUUAUAGGAAGAUGAGUUUUAAAAGAAACUUGUCUCAGUCACCGUCACACUCACUACGUUGAUUUAUUUUUUGUACAUUAAAGAUGAACAUCUUA